GUCACCCCCACCCCCAGCCGACCAUGGAGUCCCAGCCCAUUAUACAAUAACUAGGCGCACGGGGUUUUCCGCCCCCCGGCCCUCCUCCUCGCAGGUCCUCCCACCGCACUCCCCGGACACCGACUCCUACUUGUCCCGCACACAGUCACGGUGAUCCGUCCCUGUCAGAAGCCUCAUCAUGCGCCCAGCAGUGCGCCUUAUGGAGGCCGUGAGGAGGAGCAACAUGGGGGUGAGGGCGCAACGAGGAGCCUCCCUGUUCACCUCCUACUUCUCUCAGCAGCCUGUGUGCACCCAGUGGAGGGGGCACUGCCAGAAAGAUUCUGACACUAUAAAGCCUCUGGAUGGAGUAAAAAUCUUGGACCUAACAAGAGUUUUGGCUGGACCUUUCGCCACAAUGAUUCUUGGAGAUCUAGGAGCUGAAGUCAUAAAAGUAGAAAAACCUGGGACUGGAGAUGAUACAAGGACCUGGGGACCUCCCUUUGUGGGAAAUGAAAGUGCUUACUUUCUUAGUGUGAAUAGAAAUAAAAAGAGUAUAGCUAUCAACAUGAAGGAUCCCAAAGGAACCAAAAUUAUCAAGCAGCUUGCAGAAGCAUGUGAUGUUCUAAUUGAAAAUUACAUUCCUGGAAAACUAACUGAAAUGGGAUUAGGUUAUGAAGAUCUCAUGAAAACAGCCCCUCAUAUUAUAUAUUGCUCCAUCACAGGUUAUGGUCAGACUGGCCCUUUGUUUAAAAGAGCAGGGUAUGAUGCCGUAGCAUGUGCAAUGUCUGGAUUGAUGCAUAUCACAGGACCCGAGGAUGGAGAUCCUGUCCGUCCUGGUGUAGCUAUGACUGACCUUGCAACUGGACUGUAUGCUCAUGGUGCUAUUAUGGCUGGUUUACUGCAAAGGACUAAAACUGGCAAAGGAAUGCACAUUGACUGCAACCUACUUUCUUCACAGGUUGCUUGCUUGACUCACAUAGCUGCAAAUUUUCUUAAUGGAGGGAUUGAAGCAAAACGUUGGGGGACAGCACAUGGAAGCAUUGUACCAUAUCAGUCGUUUAAAGCAAAGGAUGGUUACCUUGUAAUUGGGGCAGGCAACGAUCAACAGUUCUCUACUGUUUGCAGGGUCACAGACCUUUCUGAACUCAUAGAUGAUCCCCGGUUCAAGACUAACAAACUUAGAGUGCAACACAGAAAAGAACUUCUCCAACUAUUAACCACUCGGUUCUCAGAAAAAACAACCACUGAAUGGCUUGAGCUUUUCGAAGGAAGUGGCAUUCCAUAUGGACCAAUCAACAGUAUUAAGCAAGUAUUUUCUGAACCCCAGGUACUGGAAAGUUUGAGAAGGCAGAGGUAAAAAUACUGAGAACUACAGGGAAAUCCUAGAGAAAAAGCUGAUCUAGACGGUUGAAACUUGAGAGAAGAUUUAUUUACCAGCAAGACAUCAACCACGAAUUUAAAGCUGAAGCUACACAGAAAGGGCUUAGAACAACUAUGCUAAUGUCCUAGUGUGGAGCAGAGUCCAGACCUCAAUCCUUUGGAGAAUUUGCGGCUAAACUUGAAAAUAGCUGUUCACUCUCAAUCCCCAAUACAACUUGACAGAGCUUGAGCAGUUUAGCAAGAAAAAAUUGAGAAGAUUGACUUGUCCACAAGUCAAAGCUGAUUGAGACCUAUAGACUGCUGCAGAACAGACUGUAAAUGUGACCGGUGUGCCUUCAUUUUAGAUGAUAUUUUUUACUGGAUUAUUAUCCAUCAGGCAUAUAUUUUUUAUUCAGAAAACUAGUUAAAUGGAC